AUCACAGGCCCCUCCCGUCAAAACACUUCCGGUUUGCUUUCCGACUUGCCUUUCCACCGGAGCGGCUGGUGUGAGCAGAUACCAGAGGAGUGAACACCACGUAUACCAUAGGCUAAAAAAGACAUAAAGAUGCCCCCCAAAAAGCCAGAAGCACCCAAACAGCCUCCAAUAAUCGGACGAUUCGGAACCUCUCUGAAAAUUGGAAUUGUGGGAUUACCUAAUGUCGGGAAAUCCACCUUUUUCAACGUGCUGACCAAAAGCCAAGCUGCUGCAGAGAACUUCCCUUUCUGCACAAUUGACCCAAAUGAGAGCAGGGUGCCUGUUCCUGAUGAUCGCUACGAUUUCCUCUGCCAAUACCACAAACCACUCAGUAAGGUUCCAGCUUUUCUCAAUGUUGUGGACAUUGCUGGUCUUGUGAAGGGAGCUCACUCAGGACAGGGACUUGGAAAUGCCUUCCUCUCGCACAUCAGUGCCUGUGAUGGCAUCUUCCACAUGACUCGUGCGUUUGAUGAUGAGGAUAUUAUCCAUGUGGAGGGUAACGUUGACCCAGUGAGGGACAUCGAGAUCAUCCACGAGGAGCUGCGACUAAAGGACGAGGAACUGAUCGCUCCAGUUCUCGACAAGCUGGAGAAAACUGCCGUCAGAGGAAAUGAUAAGAAACUCAAACCUGAGUAUGACAUCAUGCUGAAGGUGAAGAACUGGGUAGAGGAGGAUAAGAAACACAUCAGGUUUUACCACGAUUGGAACGAAAAGGAGAUUGAGGUGUUGAACAAAUACCUGUUCCUGACAUCCAAGCCCAUGAUCUACCUGGUUAACCUCUCAGAGAAAGAUUACAUCCGAAAGAAGAACAAGUGGCUGGUGAAAAUCAAGGAGUGGGUAGAUGCCCAUGACCCCGGUGCACUGGUCAUCCCUGUGAGUGGAGCUCUGGAGUGUAAACUGCAGGAUAUGGAGUCCGACGAGGAGAGGAACAAGUACUGUGAGGAAAUGAAGACGCAGAGUGUCAUGACCAAAAUAAUCAAGGCCGGCUACGCAGCACUGCAGCUGGAGUACUUCUUCACAGCGGGACCAGAUGAGGUGCGAGCGUGGACCAUCAGGAAAGGGUCCAAGGCUCCUCAAGCUGCAGGAAAGAUCCACACUGACUUUGAGAAAGGCUUCAUCAUGGCGGAGGUGAUGAAGUUCAUUGACUUCAAAGAGGAAGGCAGUGAAAAUGCAGCCAAGUCUGCUGGAAAAUACAGGCAACUUGGCAGGAACUACGUGGUGGAGGACGGCGACAUUAUCUUCUUCAAAUUCAACACACCCAAUGCACCUAAGAAGAAGCCAUGAGCAAAUACAAACACCAGAGGGAGAGCUCAGAUUACGAUUCAGUUUGACCCCAAAGAGCGACACUGUCAGCUGGUUUUCAUUCUUCACUUGAAUUCAGAGGAUCAACUCAUGGCCUCCAAUAAUUUGGAAUAAUAGUUGGAAAUAUUAAGAGAACAUUUUCAAACAACAAUGAUUGUACCAGUCAAACAUUUUUGUAAUUGAACUGAAAAAUACAGAAUUCAAAGCUUUUCUACAUACUUUUGGAUAAUUUAAGCCACACUUCUCAAACACUCUUUUGUUGAAAUGUAUCUUUAAGAACAGAUUUGAUUCAUUAGAGCAAUAACAGCUUGUCCUACUUUUAUAAGCUUCAUAAUAAACUUGCUGAUUAAUUGGCAACAACUCUCACAUCAUAACCAUACUCUUGAUGCACACUUUUCACAGACAUACGUUUAUCUAUAAACUGUGCCACCACUAGUGAAAAUGAUAUACAGCAUGUGGUUUGCCACAGGUACCUAUUCAGUGAUAAAGGCCAUCAGGAUUGAGUUCUGGGUAUUUUUCCUCAGAGUUUAGAAUUAUUUUCUCAUUUACUUAAUGCCUUUUCGCUUUCUCAUGUUUAUGCUCAUCACAAUAAAGUCACAACUGCUAAGAUGAUUUUCCCGUUAUGCUGAAAUACACCGGUCUUAAUGCUUUUGACCAGUGCUUUGACUAUAAGAGAGAGUGAAGCCAUCACUCAGUGUUGCUCUUCUGGACAUUACUGUAUUUUAUUCUGAGGGGGGGAGAAGUAUUGUCAUUUUCAAAAAAGCAAAGCAGGCAUCCCUGACAGUGGGAUGGGUCAUCUGAAUGGAGAAUGAUGUUAUACUCACUGCUUUUAUUAUUGACUUUGGUUUAGGGUGGUUUUAAAAAAAACCAAACACCUUAUGUACUCCAUGCUGUGUGAAAGCUUUGUUGUAAAUCAGCUACAACCUUUGUGGAUCACCUGGACUAUACAGCUUCAUAAUGCCUCUUGUUUCACUUCACUGCCUCCUCAGUGUGGAUGUCUUCAUUUUCAAGAGCACCAUACAAUUAUAAACAUCUUGUGGACAAUUGAACAUCAGGAAGCCAGGAUAAAAUAAAUCCCAUCCUCAUCAAAAUGCAUGUGUCAAUAAAAAGGAGACAACCCUUC